AGCAAGAUGGCGGCGCAGCAGCAAGCUGUUGAGGGGGACGCGCAAUUGGCGGGGCCCGCGGCGGCGGCGGAAGUCGACCCUCUGGGCCGCUUUACGUGUCCUGUGUGCUUGGAGGUGUACGAGAAGCCGGUGCAGGUUCCCUGCGGACACGUCUUUUGCUCUGCAUGCCUGCAGGAAUGUCUGAAGCCGAAGAAACCUGUCUGUGGGGUAUGUCGCAGCGCUCUGGCCCCUGGCGUCCGAGCCGUGGAGCUCGAGCGGCAGAUUGAGAGCACAGAGACAUCUUGCCAUGGCUGCUGUAAAAAUUUCUUCCUAUCCAAGAUCCGGGCCCACGUGGCUACCUGUUCCAAAUACCAGAAUUACAUCAUGGAAGGUGUGAAAGCCACCACUAAGGAUGCAUCUCUUCAGCCAAGGAAUAUCCCAAACCGUUAUACUUUUCCUUGCCCUUAUUGUCCUGAGAAGAACUUUGAUCAGGAAGGACUUGUGGAACACUGCAGAUUAUUCCAUAGCACAGAUACCAAGUCUGUGGUUUGUCCGAUAUGUGCCUCGAUGCCCUGGGGAGACCCCAACUACCGCAGCGCCAACUUCAUAGAGCACAUCCAGCGCCGGCACCAGUUUUCUUACGACACUUUUGUGGAUUAUGAUGUUGAUGAAGAGGACAUGAUGAAUCAGGUGUUGCAGCGCUCCAUCAUGGACCAGUGAGCAGUCUCUGCUAUGCGUCUCCCAUUCCAGAGCUUCCACGUGAAACUUUGGACUCAUACACCUUCAAUGUACAACAGACCUGGAAGUGAGCUGUGGCAUUAAGGACAGGGCCCUUUUGACAGGGGAAGUAAGGGCCCUAGGUCAGAGCCCCUCUUUCCUCUGGGCUCUUACCAAAGCUGUCUUUCCCUCCUGUUAACCUUGUUUGUCGCACAGUCUAGUCUUAAUGGUCCUUAUAACCCUCAGCUGCCUCCUGGAGCUGCUGCCCCCUCUUCUGGAAGAGAAACCAGCCUCUCCCCCGCCACCUGCUUUUGUUUCACACUUGUCCCUCCAGUCCAGCGUUCAUCUCUCAGGUCCUCCGAGCCAGCCAGGACCUUUUCUGGGUCAUGAAUAGCACAAAUGAGACAAGCGUCUCCUUGUCCCUGAGGUGGUGAGCUCUGGCAGCCAUGCGUCUGGGCAGUGAUGAAGCUUCCGGUGUGCCGUGCCACUUCCCGUUAGUUGUCAUUGGCAACAGCUGCCAGAGGCUUGGCAGUGCUGUUGGGUCUGAUACUGGAAAGUUUGAUUAGAGAUAUUUUCCUCCUCCUCCUGCACACCUUUAGUGUUAACUGGUUCAGUCUUAAAUGCCUGCAUGGUGCCUUUUUAGGAUAAGGCAUAACCAUAUAUUUUUAGUAAAAGUAAGUGUUUCUAGGUUAAGAAAGUUAAAACCCAUAUAUCCAUAAAUGGGGAGGAGGGUCAGCUAAGAGAGGUGGGAGGGUCAUAGCUUUUUGGUUCUGAUUUUCAAACUAAUGAGCUAUUCUCAUAUGACCGAGUCAGGUUUACCUCUUUAUUUGGGGGUUUGCUUACAGUCUUGUCCUUGAAACAUGAAAAGGAGUCCAGAAUAAGAGGGAAGAGACAGGGCUUCAGCAGAUACUGGUUCUUUUAUCUUCUGUUUGGUGAUUUACAUUAAACUGAGCAUUGUUUUUCUAUCACAGAUGGUUUCCUUGUGAACCUGGUUUCAGUGUGUAAAUCGGUGUGUGAAAACUUUCCCUCCAAAUUCAGAGAGAGGUUAUAGGCAAUCUAAUAUCACACCCUCUUGCCUCUUGCGACAAGACAGACUGUUCAUAACGGAGGCACAUCUCAUGAUGAGCAGUUGUUGAUAAAAGCUGUCUACAAGAAACUUGCUUUGGUAACAAGCCUGAAGUUCAGGAUAGUUCAUGAAUAUUAAUAAAUAUAAGGCUGAAAUACUUGUCAGCCUCCUUCUGUAGGGGCGGAAUCUUCUGGGCAACCAAAAGGCAUAUGAAAUUAGGUCCUUUUUUUUUCAUGUCACACAUCUCUAGUCUGAAUGUGGAGAUGUUUCUUGCCAGCAGCCAAGCUUGCAAGUAACAGAAGUGCUUUGGCCUUUAGUCUGCUGCUGCAGGCCUCCCUACCGGCCAGUGAAGAGCUGCAGGUGCCCGGCAACCAGCGAAGACUGGCCGUCUGAGGCAGUAACUUUGUAAUACGCUGUUGCUUGGGAGGGCCUCAGCAUUAAGGUCAGCUUCUUCACUGUAGUUUCUGGAGAAUGUUCACUCAGGCCUCCAAAAGUUGAGAUCCUCUCUGUAAAGUCUGGAGGGGAAUUGGACAGAACCUUUGUUUGAGGGACCUGAUCAGAGCACAUCCAUCUUGGUGGUGGUUCAGAGAAACUUAUUUUCUUGUAUUAAGUGCACUUCAUGUAUUUCUAAUACGAUGACUUUCCAGAAAGUGAUAUUUGUUAUGUUCUGGCUUUUAAAAGGCAAAAUAAAAAUAAAUUUCAUAAUUUAUCCAA